AUGAAAAAAAUUAUUGAAGACAGAAAGCAGAAUUUGGGGAAAAUUCACCAACAGCGACUGAGAUUCCAGACAGAUAUAAAAGAGGUACGAAAGAAAAUAAACAAACACCUAGAUAAUCUUGAACAAGAAAUACAACAAGAUAUCCAAGCUGCUGAACAGAAAGUCCAAUCACAAAUAGACAGAUUUCUUUCAAAAAUUUUAUGCCAUGAUAAAUCACUAAAUGAGCUACAGAAGAGAAUUUCCGCAACGAAAAGUUUUGCAACUGACCUUCAAACAUUUCUAGGUGGUAAAAUGUUUGAAGCCGAGAUCCAAAAAGAAGAGAUAUUUAUGCAGUCGUUAAUAACAGAUGGAAGCUUACAACAAAUAAACCUACAAUGCAUAAUUGAUAACAAGAUGUCUGACAUACUGUCUAUGACAAAGAUUGGAGAGAUAUCAGCUAUAGAAAAUCCACCCACUAUAACCCUGACGAUGACUAGAGACAAACAAGCUCAACUAAUGCUACCGACGAUAUCAAAAUCAAUCAAUGACAUCAAUCCUACUUUAUUGAAAACAUUUGAGAUACCGAAAGGGAGAGAGGUAGUUGGAAUCUCGGGGUGCACCAUCAUGCCAACUGGUAAAAUGGUCUUCGUAGAUCAAACCAAUGACCGUCUAGUUAUCCACAAGGAAAAUGGAUCAUUUGUGUGUGUAAUACCUGUAUCACACCAACCGUUAGAUGUUACAUGUAUUGGUGAGAAUACCGUUGCUAUCACCCACAAUAAAGAGCCUUUUCAUAUAGAAAUUAUCCACAUCGUCAAUAAAAAGACUGUGAAAAGUAUCAAAACGUCUAACCGUUGCUACGGCAUUACAUAUAAUAAAGGAAGACUAAUAUAUUAUGAAACUGGAAGUGGUAUCAAAACAACAGAAUUUACGGAUGAAAGUACUGUCACGACAGUAGUUAAAGACGAUGGCAAGCAUAACUGGAACUAUGUUACAACAUCAAAAUACAAGAUGUAUUAUACAAACGGUACCACAAAUACAGUAACAUGCUACACAAUCACAGGACAGAAGGUUUGGGAAUACAAAGACGAUUCAAUUUUGAAGAUGAUUCGUGGAGUAGCAAUUGAUAACUAUUCCAAUGUGUAUGUGGCAUCCCACGCAGAUAACAGUGUUGUCGUAAUUUCACCAGAUGGCCAGCAUGCCCGUCGAUUGUUAGAAAAUAACGGAAUAUAUUUUCCUAUGGGUAUACAUUUUGACCAAGACAGAAAUAUUCUUCUCUUUACUAACAUGCUGGGAACUAUCUAUUUGUAUAACAUUAACUUAUCAUCUUUUUAA